AAUGGACGCCACAGGUGACUUACCUCCAUGGAAAUUUAUUUAUUUAGAGGUUUCAAUGUUGUUACCAUCAGUUGUAACUGGUGUGCUAUUUUGGAAAUACGGGUAUCCUAUGAUAGCUUUAUUAACGAUUUUACUAUUCUGUUAUCUAAUUGUACCAGGAUUGUUAUUAUAGUAAUUUAUUUAAAUUAUCAAUUAGUCUUGAUAAGGUCUCUACUCAUGUUACCAGAUUAUCAUCUAGCUUUGCUAAUAUUGCUAUAGAAAAGAGCGAGUAAAUAAAUAAGGGUCUGGUUUGGUUUGCUGUUUGUUUAACAAUUUCCUUUUUGGCAUUCUUCAUUUCACUCAGUUAUGUUCCCUUCUGGUCAUUUCAUAGAAUCAAUUUCUUUUAUAUGGCAAAUACUGAAAUUAUUGUGGUAGAGAUUAUAUAUAUGGUUAGAUUUCAGUGUUAAUGCUUUUUUUAGAUCCAUUUUUAGAAGAAUUCUUUUGGAGAGUAUUCUUAUAGAGUGGUUUAUCAGGAGGAUUAACAUACUCUAAUCCUAAAGAAUGGAUUAUCUGGAUAGUUGCUAUUCAUUAUGGAUUAUUAUAUGUAUUCAUUUUUGCAGUUGUUACAAGGUAAUUUCAUAUAAUAUAAUUAUAUAGUAAAUUCAUUUAUGCCAUAUUCUGUGCUAUACCUUUCGUAAUUUUCAGUAGAAAAUUUUCAUUUAUUCGUGACUCUGGUGUAUUAACAGCUAUUUUGGGACAUACAGGAUUUAAUCUUGGAUUUGUAAUUGUAUUAAAUUUAUGGUAUUGGAAUUAAUGGGAAGUUCAUGGAUGGAAACCAUUUGAUUUUUGAU